AUGAUACGCGGAAAACAAAUCACUAUAAUCAAAAUGCCACAGGAUUUUGGCAAAAAGAAAAGAUAUUUUUUGGUUUUUAUCAUGAUUGUCACUUUAGUUGCAAUAGUGGUGUUUAUUUUGAAGAAGAUUUUAGCAUACCGGGAAGAAUAUUUAAAACGGUUGCAAUUAGAAAACGAAGAACGACAUGCUGAAACUGCAAUACUUGAAGAACAAGAAGAUCAAAAAAUACGAGAUGAAACAAACGAAAAAAACAUGCAUGUAGAUUUAUGCCAAUAUAAUUUGUACCAACAAUUUAAUCCUGAACGUUUGUGGAGCACUCUUGUUAUACCGGAUAUAGCUCGCCUCAAAACAUUGGGGCAUGCUACUGAUCACUCUGCAAAAGUUGAAAUCAUGCUGUACUACCAAUCUUUUGUCAAAUUAUUCACACUUAAGAUUAUUUCUAUAAAGAAUUUACAUUGCUAUAAAGGAAAUGAUAGUAAUUUAGUGAAAAUAAAAGUCUUACUUUGCCAACCAAAUGGCAGUAUAAGAAAUACGGAAGUCAGUAAAACUUAUGAAAUAAAUGAUGAGAUUAGUAUAGACGAAAGGUUUACAUUUAAAAUGCUAGAACAUCAAUGUCGAGAAAGUUUUCUUUAUUUAUGUUUGUGGAAUAUUGAUGCAUUUUAUCAAGAAACGCUGCUAGGAGCAAUUUCCAUUGAUAUGAGUUUGUAUAAUCACGCUAUAAAAACAACAAUAAUAGAAGAUUUUCUUCCUGUCAGAAAGGUAUUGAUUAGUUUUUCAAAAAUAAAGACAUACAUUGACUUCGUGUGCUUAGAAAGAUUAAUGUCUGCAUUUGCAGAUUCAACUGGUUCUUUUUUUUUGAUUGGAUGUCCCUACUCUCCAGAUACAAAUGUUUAUGGAUAUCUCCUGGUCUCUUUAUGUCAUCUUCCCUUAGUUGAACGUUUAAUAUGCGUGGUAAUGAGUGGCAAAGAAUUGCAAGAGGAUAAAAAAAAUACAUCCAUUCUUAACAACCGGAUAAAUCCUUAUGUUAAAAUCUCUUUACUGAACGAUGGAAAGUUAAUUCGAAAAUAUAAAUCCAACAUUAUACAGGAUACGUGUAAUCCUUUUUUCAAUGAAAUGAUUGAAUUUUACAUUCCAACAGACCAAUUGCAAACAGCUGAUAUCUUGCUCAUGGUGAUGCACAAAGACUCGAAUAAAUUAAGCAAAGUGAUUGGUAAACUCUUGUUAGGUAGCCAUUCAUGUGGAACUUUUCAUCAACACUGGAGCGAAGCUAUUGAAAAUACAGAACAAUCUGUUGCAAAAUGGCAUCCUUUAACGAGAUGA